AUGCAAGAGUCUGACGGCGGCGCGACCUUUGGAGGCUUCUUGCCUCCACAGGCACAGCCUUCUUUGCUCCUCAGCGUCCUCGCUGGCCUCACUGUGGCGGUUUGCGCCGUGCACUGGAUCUUUGCGAAGAAUCGUGGGAGCGGAAAGCCUUUUGCUCUGUGGCGGAGUGCCCAGGCCGCGACACCUUUUCUGGACAAAACGCGGAAGAAGACCGAGCUGGUUGACAAAAUUGUCGUUUCCCCAAACACUUUCAAAUUUCGGUUUCGCCUGGACUUCCCCGAACAAGUCCUCGGCCUGCCUGUGGGGAAGCACCUGAAACUGUUCGCGCCGACGCCCAAGGGAACUGCGCCUGGGCAGUGGAACAAGGCGCCGGACGCAGAGGCGGAGCAAGCGGAAAUCGAGCGCAAAUACACGCCCAUUACGGGAGACGAUGUGAAAGGCUACGUGGACCUCCUUGUCAAAAUUUAUCGGAAAGGAGAAGUCGCGCAGUUCCCCGAUGGCGGCAAGAUGUCCCAGUACCUCGACAGUCUACGAAUUGGAGACCACGUCGACAUGAUGGGCCCUUUCGGCCUGAUUGAGUACUUGGGAGACGGCGAAUUCCGGGUGAAUCGGCGAGUGCUGAAGAAGAAGCACAUUGGCAUGGUUGCAGGAGGCACAGGCAUCACUCCGAUGUUUCAACUCUUGUCGAGCAUCCUACGGGCGGGCGGAGACAGCACCUCCCUCUCUCUUCUCUUCGCGAAUCGGACCGAAGACGACAUUCUCUUACGUGAUGAGCUGGAAGAGAUGCACGAGCAGUACCCUGACAAGUUCCAGUGCUCGUUCACUGUCGACGUGCCGUCGCCCACGUGGAGAUUUUAUUCCGGUUUUGUCAACGAAGAAAUGCUUAAGGCAGUUAUGCCGCCGCCCUGUUCUGACACGGUCAUUCUCUUGUGCGGCGCGCCGCCGAUGGUUCGCAGUUGCUCCCAACAGCUCUCGAAGCUCGGCUACGCCAAGGAGGACGUCCUCGAGUUCUGA